CCCUUUGACAUAGAGAAAUAUUGUCAUCUGACAUUUUCAGAAUUAUGUUUGUUAUAAACUUUUUUAUGAAUGAUUGAUCAGUUUUAAUUUAACAGAGUUAUAUAAUUGUAGAUGAAAUUAAACCUUUGUAAUGGCAUCACAAGAGAUCAGCACCCAUUAUAUUGAACUCUGUCCAAACCCUAUCAGAUUUGAACCUGUAGGUAAAGCCAACAGUGUUUUCUUUGACGAUGCCAAUAAACAGGUAUUUGCUGUACGAUCAGGAGGAGCCAUGGGUGUGGUUGUAAAAGGACCAGAUGAUAAAAAUGUAAUACAGGCUAGACUAGAAGACAGAGGGGAUGUGAUGUCUAUCAAGUUUUCUCCAGAUAAAAAAAUUCUAGCUGUCCAAAGAUCCUCCAAAUCUGUGGAAUUUAUCAAUUUUUUAGAAGAUAUGACAACAGAUCAAUUUGAAUAUUCACAAUCAUGCAAGGGAAAAUCAACACAGAUUAUAGGAUUUAUAUGGACAGGUUCAACAGAGAUCAUAUUUAUUACUGAUCAUGGACUUGAACAAUAUCAGAUUUUUCCAGAUAAAAGAACGUUAAAAUGUUUGAAAACAGUGAGUCAUCAGGUGAACUGGUUUGUUUGCAUGCCUGAGAAUGGUAUCUUGUUGUUGUCAUCAGGAACUUUGGGUAAUACUUUAUAUCCUAUUCAAGUCAGGCCAGGGGUCUUGAACAGAUUACCUAAAUUUGAAGUUGAUUUGCCGUCUGUUCCUAAACCAGCAAAACUCAGUUUGUUGGAACGUGACGUCACACUGGCUAGCAUAUAUAAUCAGCUAUACAUUGUAGUAUUACGACAUCAACCAAGGGCUUCAGUUGGAGCAGAGAUAGUUCUUUACCAAUUACAGAAAGAGAGUCCAGCUAGAAAAACAGAUGUAUUAAAGUUAGAUAUGAGCGGUAGAUUUGCUAUAAAUAUAAUAGAUAAUUUAGUCAUGGUUCAUCAUCAGGCUUCAAAGACCUCUGUGAUAUUUGACAUACAACAAGGCAGUGAAACUGAUGGAUUUCUUAAAUAUCAUUAUCCUGUGUUGUCUCCCCUUCCUAUUAAACCGUUUAAACUUCUGUUACCCACUAUAAAUGUACAAGCUGGUACAGAGAAAAUGGAAUAUCUGUGUGAUCUUUAUUCUGCUAACUGGAUUGUUUUUCAACCAAAUAUUGUUAUAGAUGCUAAAUUGGGUUGUUUAUGGUAUAUUAAAAUAACCCUACAACCAUUGGUGGCAAUGAUCUAUGACAAAGCAGUACUAAUAAGUUUUUUAUUAAAUCGUCGAGAUAGUAAAAUGGUGAUAUUAUCUGUCUGUCAACAGAUGUUAGUACCAGGACAUCAGGCCAGUCUACAUACUAUAGCUCAAGUUUAUGAUAUGUUAAAUACAGUAUAUAAAUCUUAUAGAGAUACAGAAACACAGGCUAUGAAUGGUGAAGUGCCACAGAGUGUUUUUAAUGGAUUAAAAAAGAAAGUUAUAAUCGAUCAGUCAGAUAUGUACACUCAUGUUUUCUCUGUAUAUGAAGAAUGCAAGGAUAUCAAAUAUAAGUUUAUGGUGGCUGUUUUAAUAGAAUAUAUUAGAUCAUUAAACCAGUUUAAUAUAUCUGUACAGCAUUAUCUGUAUGAAUUAAUAAUAAAUAUAUUGGUACAUAAUAACUGUUUUUAUCAGCUACAUCAAUUUUUACAGUAUCAUGUACUCAGUGAUAGUAAACCACUUGCUUGUUUAAUGUUAUCAUUAGAGAGUGUUUAUCAACCAGCACACCAACUAGCUCUAGAUAUGUUAAAGAGACUACAGACAGCCAAUGAAGAAAUAAUAGAAGUUCUUCUAUCAAAACAACAAUUACUUCCAGCAUUAAGGUUUAUUAGAAGUGUAGGAAUUGUAGAUACAGUUUCAUCACGUAAAUUUCUAGAAGCUGGAUUAAAUACAAGUGAUGACAUGCUGUUUUAUACUGUGUUUAAGUUCUUUGAAGCUAGAAAUCUUCGACUGCGCUCUAAUCCAAGAUUUCAACAAGGUGAACAUUGUGAACAUUAUGUCAAACAUUUUGAAUCAGUUUUUGGAAUAGAAGCAUUGGCAGCGGUACCAGUCAGCUAAACAUCGGACAACAAUUAAAUUAUAUACAGCACAAAGAUAUUUACUAGUGUAAGCUACCCGUAAUAAAAUUCCAUAGUGCAGCAGUUAAAUAUUACACUAGACUUUAAAAUUGCCAUUGCAAAUCUAGAAUUUUUACCCUGGAGGCUGACAUUCCACACCUACUGGUGCAAAAACACCCAUCUAAUAUGUAAUAUGUUGAUUAAAGUGUCUCAAAAAUGUUUUAACAUUAAUCAUGACAUAACAACAGGUCAGAAUAUUUUCAGUUUCUUGUUUUACAGUAUUCCUUCUUGUACGAUUGAAAUUAUAUGAAGUCUAAAUUUUUUUGUGCAAUAAUAAUGUUAAGAGUUAAAAUUUUGUUAUAUAUUUUGUAUAUAGUGAUUUUUUUUAUUAUUAUUUAUGAAUUGUGUUAAUAUGAAUCUUUAAUGUAUAUAUCUGUACAAUUUAUCGUAAAUGCUAAUAAAUUAUAAUAACAAAAUGAAUUGGUUAUGUAAUGCAAAAGGGAAGAAUAUAAUUUUUCCAAAAUAUCAGUUAUUCCUCCUGCCAAUGUUUUUUUCUUAU